AUGGUCGAGACUGAUGGGAGACCUGAACACUGCAAUGCACAAGUGAACACUAAAAUAACUGAGCUUGAGCUGUCGAGAGCGCACACACGGACGGGUCACAGUCCCUCCGCUCCUCCUCUCAGCGCAGACAGCCCGCUGCUCUCCCCGUGUUUGGCGUCCCUCCCUCGGCUCAGCUGUGGUCCGGGCCCCGGACGAGGCUCUGGAUUCAUAGACACGUUCCCGACACGCUCGGACCCGGUGGAGGCCCCGGUUGGUUCCUGUGUGAGGCCCGGAGCAGCAGCUGGAGAUGCUGGGGGCCGAGAGCAGACUGGAGAGCCGGCUCCGGAGGCUGGAGGCUCUGGUGAGGAAUCCGCAAUGGGCCCUGAACCUGGAGACCCUGCUGGUGAGUCUGAUGUUACUGUUUAG